GUACUGCGAGACCCGGUUCGAUGGCACAGCCUCGGUUCUAAAGACCCAUUUCAUGAAUAAGUGCAGCUUGGACCUCGUCAGGAGGCCGCUGUCAGUGGAGGAGAGGGCUAGGAGGGAGGAGGGCAUCCGCAUGGGGAAGUUCAUUGCGGAGACCAUACAUGCGGGGGGGAGAAGCAGGCCGGCCACAAACAGCCUGGCGUCCGUUAGUAGUCUGGUCGCUGACGCCGAGCGAGGUCGAACUGACUCGCCUGCAGGGGCGGGAGAGGCGGUUGUGGCCGAUGAACCCGCCGCGAUCGUGCCUACCUCUGGCGAGUCCGUGCAGCCUGCACCCCGUUCCAGACGGCCGCUGAGGCAGACGGUCAUGGAGAACGCCGACAGCAUCGUAACACGCAACGAGCAAAUGAGUCGGUUCCUUGACCGAUUCCUUUUCUGCAUGAACCAGCCGUUCAGCAUCGUUGACAACGAAUACUUCCUCGAUUUUGUUGAUGCUGUGAAGAAGGCGCAUCCUUCGUGGAUGCCAUACAAGAGGGAUGAGGCGCGGACGAAGCGGCUGGAUGUUCAUUACGGAAGAACGAAGGUGGACGUGCACGCCAUGAUGAAGAAGUGGCAGCGCACUGCCAGCCAUCUACAACAUGCAACCGGUGCGGCGGCGUACUUCCGGAUAUUGGAUGGGGUUAUCAAGAAGAUCGGCGAGGAGGCGGUGGUGGGCGUUGUGAUGGACAACGCGAAAGUGUGCGUCAAGGCCGGCAAGAUGGUGGAGGCAGCCUACCCACGCAUAUUUCGCGUGGGGUGCACUGCACAUGCCCUCGAUUUGGCACUCGAGGACAUGUACAAGGAACUGGAGUGGUUGCGCAAAGUUGUGGACGCAGGGUUGAAAGUGGGCAAGUUCUUCCACAACGUGGACAAGGCAAGGGCGUUGUUCCACGUGUACAGUCCGAAGUCCAAGUUGAAGCGGCCGGGGGUGACCCGUUUCGCAACCAACCACGAGAUGCUAGCUUCCUUGAAGAAGGCCAAGAACCCGCUGAAGAAUUGCGUUGAUGACGCUGCGUGGGUGGAGAAGACGGUCAGGACGGACCAGCUCCCUGCGUUCCACGAGGUGACGGCCAUUGUGUUGGGGAAGGAUGACUUUUGGGCGAUGGUCGACAAGGCGAUGGCGGUGAUGGGGCCACUAGUGACGCUGCUUCGUCUCGUUGAUGCGCCGGGGCCGUCCAUGUCGAAGGUGUAUUUCAAGAUGGACUCGCUCGUCGCACAGAUGCGCGAGCUUGAUUGCAUCACGACGGGCGAGAAGGCCGAAAUCGAGGACAUCUUGAUGCGGAGAUGGGCAUUCAUGACCAGCGAGCUGCAUUGUGCUGUUGCGUUCCUCGAUCCAGAGCACCGUCACGCGAAUGCCUUGCGAGAUCCUGAGGGGCGCGCCGGAUUCAACAUUUGGCUUCUGUCGUGGGCGUCGGACGACCAGCGGACACGUAACGAGCUCAGCCACCAGGUUGACAUGUGGGUUAACCUGGACAGGUCGUUCAAAUCACAAGAAGCUGCGGAAGCAGCACGUGUGCAGCCUGCGGCCCUGUGGUGGGAGGCUUACUGCGGGAAGUUGGACCUACUCCAACCACAAGCAGUCAAGUUGCUGGGCCAGGCAAGCUCCUCCGCCGCAUGCGAGCGGAAUUGGAGCUUGCACGAGCUUAUUUUCGGCCUCAGGCGUACGAAGUUGCUGCCGGAGAGGCUGGGCAAGUUGGUGUACAGCAACUGGAACACCCUGCUGUCGCGGGCGGCCUUGCGGGGAGAAGGGGGGGAUGUGCACAUUCCAUGGGAGGACGACACACCGGUGGAGGCAGAGAUCAAGGAAUGGUACAACACAUGGAUAGCAACGGCCAUUGAUCCCGCUGCUGUUGCCGCUGAUGCCGAUGUGUUGGCAGAAGAUGUGGAGGUGGGUGAAGAGGACGGUUUUGAGCCAUUGGUGCGGACGUGGCAGCGAAAUGAUGUCGCAGAUGACGAGGAAUGCGACGAGGAGGACAUGGCUCUACUGGGUUCGUUGGAGAGGGAAUGGCACGAGUGCACGAAACCCGGCCGUCGCAGAAAGCAAGACCUGCGGAGGAGAUCUGGCAGCUCGCUGCCCCCCCCUUCAGUUGUGUACACAGAGGCGGAUCGGGCGGCUGCACUCAAGGCAUGACUGGCAGGCACUUGGGUGGAAGGUCGACGGGAGUCAAACCACCAGGGAAAAGCGUGUGAGGAAAAGAGCACGAGCGGCGGGCGGGGCGGGAAGGGCUAAAGCUGAAGUGUGCGUGACCCAGCCAAAGAAGAAGAGGGGUCGACCAUCGUCGGCUGAAGCUGCAGCAAAGAAGGCUGAGGGCUGCUAAAGUAGCAGAAAAAGCGGCCGCAGCGAAAGUCGCGGCCGACAAGGCCCGAAAAAAAAAAAAAGGUCGCCGCCGUCAAUGUGAUUGAGGACGACCCGUCAGGGGACGAUGAGUCCUCGUCCAGCUCGUCCGAAGACACGGAUGAGUCCUCGUCCAGCUCGUCCAAUAAACACUCUUUGCAGGAGUGGGGAGCGGAGGGGGAGGACAUGGAGGGAUCCGAGGGCGGGUCCGAAAAAAGCAAUGGUGAAGAAACCUGGGAUGAAGGGGCGACAGUGUAGGACGGUGGCUGACCGUACGCGGGGUGUACUAGUUUUGGAUUCAGCCUACUGUUGGAAUUCUCUUUGCUAAACUUUGAUUCUGAGUUUUUUUUGAAGUUAUUUCCUUUUUUGUACUUUAAUAAACUUGCAAACGACUA